UAGGGAAUGUGGUUGUGGCUGUGAGCGUUGCUGGGUUCACAGCUGGGCCCUGCCGUGUCCGUCUCUCGCUCGUCUCCCCAUUUACUCCCCGUCAGACCACGACGACGACGACGAUUUGAAGGGAGCCAUUCUCAUAGUUGCGUGUGCCAGUCGCGUACGAGCGAUGGACGCGGAAGAUCUGAGCGGCGUGCUCACGGAGGACGGCCGGAACGCGAAGGCGGUGCUGUGUCCGCGGUGCGACUCGCAAGUGCUGAGGCCGCGCGCCGCCGCCAUCGUCCACAAGCAGAUGACGCUGCCAAGCAUGAAGAAGUCGGCAGUGGUGGCGGCGGCGGAGGCAGGUGUGGCGCCAGAACCGGAGCUCCUGAACCAGCACUGGGUGGUGAACGACAUGUACGCCUUCGAGAACGUCGGCUUCACGCACACGCUCGCCGGGGCCAACGUCAAGUACCUGGCGUGCGCCGACUGCGAGGCCGGUCCCAUCGGCUGGCACUGCCUGGACGACUGCAGCAGCUACUACGUCGCGCUGGGGCGCGUCAAACACGCGUGACGACGCGAUGCGCGGCUCGGGAUGGGGGGAGGGCGGCGGUGGGGGAAGAUUGUAAACGUCCCGUCAGAGACUCUUGAGCUGAAAGUCUGCGGGGGUUUGAGUCUGAUUAGCUUGCCACUUGCUGGUCCUCGGGGGUUUAUUGAGUCGAUGGCUUCAGCCCAGUAACAUGCGAUGGCACGGCCACCAGUGAUUCCAUUUUGGUGGAGUGGCUCAGAUGUCAGAGGUUAGAGGCUGAGCUGGCACCACUGAGAUCUCGGGUUCCAAUCCGGGCAGCUGGCUGUGGUUAAACCACAUUCUUCUCAAGUGCAGUGAGUUGAUGGGCUCUGCUCGAGCAUGAGUGACUGCACGGGAAAAAAAGGCUAAAUUGGUUCCGUACUCGAUUUGACUACAUUUCCUGAAGAUUAAAGUUUCAGAUUAACUCAUGAAACAAACAUUGCUCUUUGUAGCAGGGUGGGUGGGGAAAAGUGCUGACCAAAGGUCCACUUGAAGGGAUCUUGGAAAUAGUUCUGUGGUAUCCGCUUCCACGGGCCUUUCUCCCAAAAUGAAGGGUGGCAUUGCUUUGUAUGAAAUUUCAAUGGAUACUUUGUCUUGUGACGUUGUGCCGAGAGCACGAAAAGGAUAUAUUGACGUGGGGGGGAAUAAAAAUGGGGUUUAACGUCAUCAUAUUCCCGAGCUGGAGACUGAAAGUGAAGUUUUAUUGUUGCAUCAUUGAAAAGGGCAUACAAGAGCGCUCUGACGAUAUGUGGGAGGGAGACUGCAGUGACUGACACCUCCUCCUCUGGGGCCAUUUCCUGGCACAAUGUGAUGUUAAGACGACGUGCUGUGAGAGUUUCAGAUGAAGUGUAACAACGUGACACGUGACAAGAAGAACACGAAUGUUCGUGAUAAUGUUUUUAAUUUUUAAUGAUGCGCACGUGUGAGCAUAUCUGUGCCCAACACAGUCAUGCAAAUUCAUCUUCCACCCCCCUCCCCGCCAGUUAGAAUCUGCGUCAGCUUUCAUUUAACCGUGAAAAACACCCCGUUGGAGUUGACUAUCCCUUCUUAAAGGGAAGAUUCGCCGACUCGUACAUGAAGGGUGGUUAUUUAACUUUUUCUUGGUUGUGUGCAUUUUUGAAACGGAACAUCUAAGACGCGUAGGAUUGUGUGGCAGGUCUUCCAGUAACUCCAGUCGCUCCUCCCCAUCUCGACGCACACUGCCGUGUUUACCAAAUCGCGCUAUAUCUGCAGCGUGGAACGACCCUUGCACACGCACGGCGCGAAAGAAGUUCAACGUGUGUACGGGGAAAUGGUUGAUGUAUGUAGCAAAGUGCUCUUAUCUCCGUUCAAGCAUCAAGAUGUCAUCAAGGCCAAAGCCAUUGAUGCCACAGCAAAUGCUUUCUACCCUCUACCAGAUACCGCAGCUGCUGAACCGCAGUGGACAUGCAAUCUCAAAGAUCUGCCCUUCUUGUCACGCACCAUCUGCUCAGGUCUUCCCCUUGGUUAGAUUAGUGGAGACUGGGACGUUUUUAUUUUACGUACACAUUGCUCACCCUGCAUUCUGUUUAGGUCGGCGUGUGAGAACUGGAGUCUGGGUAAUGUGGGGUUUGUAUGGCUUGGCAACUCCUCCAACGGCAUGAUUGUUGCCAGUGACACAUUUUUCAUCUGCCAGGUCAGUUGAUUAAUUUAUUAAAGUGGGUACUAUAAGGAAAACCCAGGCUGGGAUGUUCAUCAGAGUGUAAUGGGGGGAGUCCCUUUCCACUUUUUGGAGCGCACUAACAAAGCUGACUGCUGUUUUACAUAAAAAAUGAAACUUCUGCAGUAUUCAUUUGAAACAGUAGGGUAUAUAUUAAUGUUUUGUACUUUUUCGUUACUCACUGAGCAAACCACGGUAUUAAAGAAAUCUGGUGUGUUUAUGAUAAUGCUGUAUAUGAAGGACAGUUAAAACUGUUUUGAAAACAGAAUCUUAAAGGUGUACACAUACACCCAAUGUUAUUGAUAUGUAAUCCCUUCUGUUAUACAACUGGGUGACACUGGGAGAUUGGCAUGGGCUUGGCCCAUGCCACGCGGGCAGCGGCGGUCAUUUGACCAUACAUCACCACGCUGGUUAAUGCGUGGUGGGAUGGUGCAUAGACGUUGGAGCAUAGUACGGUACAACAAUGAAUAUUUAUGCACUGCCCUCUGUUGACGUAGCCCUGCAAGCAGCCUAUAACACCUGUUUGAUCGCAUGGUGGUUACCCGUAAAGGCGAGAAGUUCAAUCCUGUCGGCGAAAACAGUCGUGCCACCAACUUGACCGUGUAAGAGUGCAACGGUGAGUUAAGCGAAGCUGAAUAAAAACACA